CCGUGUGUCAUCUUGAACCAUAUUAUAACCGCGGUACAUAAUACGGAAAUUUUGGUUAUCCGCUUUGAUUUGAUUUAUGUAAAGGACGAUUUUUUGGUGCUAGCAAUUUAUACUUUUCUGCGUUUCCGUAUACUGCAGGAAAGUAAGUUUGUCCAAAACAAAUCGUCGAAUUACUAUUGUAUUUCUCAUUAAGUUAAAAGAAAAGCAUUUCACAAAAAAAAUGGUAUCAUCCCUUAAAGGUAUUUUCAGAAUUUUUGUUUGAGAUGGUUGUUAACCUCUUUUUCAAUCUUCUUCAAUCACCACGGAAUCGGUCGUCAAUGUCAAAUUGUCUGUUGUCAAAUGUUAUGUUCCGUAUAUAACCUCAAUAAACAAACUGGAAAUUUCUUUUUUAAUAAAGGAAAAAGAUUUUUCAUAGUUUAUAUAGUGUUAAGUGUUCUGAAGUUUCGGAGUUUGGAUAUUUCUAGAGACCAAUGGAGGUACCACCGAUAAAAAAGCUUGCUCAAGAUGUAAUAAACAGAAUUGCUGCUGGCGAGGUUAUUCAAAGGCCGGCAAACGCUUUAAAAGAAUUGAUUGAGAAUAGUAUUGAUGCAAAAUCAACAAACAUUCAAAUCACAGUCAAGAAUGGAGGAUUGAAGCUACUCCAGAUUCAAGACAAUGGAGUUGGUAUUAGGAAGGAGGACUUCGAAAUAGUUUGUGAACGUUUUACCACGUCAAAGUUAACAGAAUUUGAGGAUUUACAUAAAAUAGCCACAUAUGGCUUUCGUGGAGAGGCAUUAGCUAGUAUGUCUCAUGUAGCACAUUUGACUAUCGUUUCCAAAACAAAACAGAGUAUGUGUGCUUAUCAGGCAUCUUAUAUUGACAGUAAACUGAUGGAUCUUCCAAAACCAGUGCCAGCAAAUCAGGGUACUACAAUAAUAGUAGAAGAUUUAUUUUACAAUAUGCCAGUAAGAAAAAAAGCUCUGAGGUCCCCUGCUGAAGAAUAUCAGAAAAUAUCUGAUGUUGUUAGUAAAUAUGCUGUACAUAAUGCCACUAUAGGUUUUGCCUUGAAAAAACAUUCUGGAAAUAAUGAUGUUAGGACUCGCCAGGGUUCCAAUCAUGUAGAGAAUAUUAGGACUAUCUAUGGCGAUCUCAUUGCUAGAGAGUUGAUAGAAUUUUCUAUUGAUAAUUCACAGUUUAAAUUCAAAGCAAAAGGAUUUAUGACAAAUGUUAAUUAUUCUACCAAAACGUUCCAGUUCCUUUUAUUCAUCAACCAUCGAUUAGUUGACUGCCAAAGUUUAAAGAAAAGUAUUGACCACGUUUAUGAAACAUAUUUACCAAAAAAUGCUCAUCCUUUCGUUUACAUGAGCCUAGAAUUAGAUCCAGGAAAUAUUGAUGUAAAUAUUUCACCAACAAAGCAUGAAGUUCAUUUUCUGAAUGAACAGCAAAUAGUUGAAACUAUUACAUCUACGCUAGAAACAAAACUUCUUGGAUCAAAUAAUUCGAGAGUAUUUUUUACACAGGCAAAACUACCGAAGUUGUACGAUGUAGAAAUAGAAGCGCCUAAAGAAAAAAACGUAGAUAAUAACAAAACCAUUAAUCCGAAAGAGUUUGUAAGAACGGAUUUCAAAGAACAGAAGUUGGAUAAGUUUUUUACUACUAGUACUACCAAGAAUAAUUCAGAUGAGAAAAAAAUGAACGAAUCUAUAAAUGCGGAAGAAUUUCAACAAUGCCAUGCAGAGUUUAUUGCAAGGACCAACAAAUUGGAGGAUUUGAUUGUACAGAAUAGUGAUUCGAACAUACCAGUGGUAGUUAGGAAUGAAGAUUCAGUAGCAGAUAAGAAUAAACAAAAAGCUCAGCCAGUAAAUAAUGGCGAAAUGGAGAUUGAAAAUAUGGUUGAAGACGAAAUGCCAAAGGAUACCGAAAAAUCAAAUAAGAAAAGUGAUAUUGCACCAUUAAAAAAUAUUGCAUUUCUAUCGAGAGUGAACAGGGUAGAAACGCAACUGAUAAGCAUUAUCGAGUUACGAAAAGACAUUGAAGACAACUGUCACAAAGGCCUCAGAGAAACAUUCGCUCAGCACGUCUAUGUUGGAGCUAUAUCUCCUUCACAAGCUCUGAUCCAGUACUCCACAAAAUUAUUCCUCUGUGAUACUAGAAAAAUUCUGGCAGAGAUGUUUUACCAGUACAUCUUGUAUAAUUUUCAGAAUUUUGAUACGUACAUAUUUAAUAACAAAAUAUCGAUAUAUGAACUUGCCCUGAUGUGCCUAGAUAUGCCUGAAAGUGGAUGGACACCUGAAGAUGGCGAUAAAGACGAAUUGGCAAGAAAAGUAUCGGACAUUUUGGUGGAUAAGUCGGAGAUGUUGAAGGACUAUUUUUCUUUGGGAAUCGACGCAGAUGGAAAUCUGUAUAGUAUACCUGUAUUAAUUGAUGACUAUGUGCCAGAUCCCAGAGAAUUACCGUUUUUUGUUACGAGAGUUGCCGCCGAAGUUGACUGGAACACGGAAAAAGAAUGUUUUAGAACUUUCGCUAGAGAGUUGGCUUCUUUUUUUGCAAAUGUUCCCAAAGAAUCAAAUCAAAAUGACAAGGAUUGGAAAUGGAUAACUGAACAUGUUAUAUAUCCUGCUAUUAAGCAAUGUUUUAUACCUCCGAAACGCUUUAUUAACAAUGCUGCCAUUUUGGAAAUAGCCAAUCUGCCUAAUUUGUAUAAAGUGUUUGAAAGGUGUUGAUUUUUAAUGUCCUUAUUUGUUGAAUGUUGAAAGUUCAAUAUACAUUGGCCAUGUGUGUGUUUUUAUCACUAUGCUUAUUCUAAAACUGUGGUCGUCCUGUCCUGAUGAUGAUAAAAUAGCGUCAAAUUAUACAUAUUUACCUGUCAGCAUUCCACAUAAUUGAGUUAAGUUGACUGCAACAGUCUGCCAACGCAAUGGUUCAAAUGUAUUCAAAAUAUUAGGUACAUGAAAGUACUGAACAUCAAUCAGUUAUAAUUGGUUUUUUAACCCCCUAACAUACUUUGACUACGACCUAAAACAACGUUCGUAAAUUUCUGAACUAUUGACCACUUUAAAAAAGUUUUUGAGCUAUGUAAAAUAAUCGGAGACUCGGAAAACGCGAAGAUUUUAAUUUUUUUCGCUAAUCGCACCGCCAUUAGAUCGCUAAGAGAAACAAUAAUUUUUUCAAACAAUUUAUUAUAAGUUAGCGCUUUAAACAUUUUUCAAUAAUAUAAAGCUUAUUAAAGUAUUUUACAUAACAUUUUAAAUUCAUGGACAUCUUUUCUUAAGUGCUUGAUUUGUCUAAUUUUUGUAACAAUUGUAUAAACCUCUACUUAGUGUACUGAAAAGCAAGUAACUUCAUCGAGGUAGGAGACACUCUAUGUAAUAUCUAGAAUAGUUUUACAAAAAAAUAUAUAUGUAUAUAGUGAGCGUUAUCUUUCCACAGGUAAUAAGUAUUUUCUACAAUAUCAACUGUUUUUGGUGAUAAGUACAUGCAUAAAAGAAUUAUUUAAAUAAAUUUCAAUUCUUAUAAGUCAAACGUAGUUGAAAUAUGAUAAAUGGGUUUUUAUAUUAUAACUACUUUGACUUUGAAUAAAGGACUAGAUGGAG